AAUAAAGAAAAUUAUGGGUAAAGUUCUUUGUUGAAAUUUGUAAUCAUACCAUGUAUGAAAAUUUUUUGUAAUAUUUGUGGUUUUAUAUCUAGUCUCUUGGUCAUGUUAUUUGGUUUUUUUUUUAAUUACAUUUGCUUUUUACCAAAUUUAUAGUUUAUUUAGACUGUGUAUUUACAAAUGUCAUGGCCGUAUUUGACGAUAUACAACAAUAUGACGAAGAAAUUGCUUGUACAUCCAUGGAUGAAGCAUAUUUGACCCACGUUCAGGAUCCAAUACUUAUAAGAGGUAUUGGGAAUCUCACUGUUUUUGGACUUAGUAGCAGGUUUCAGUCAGAUUUUCCUAGUGCCUUAGUAUCUCGUGUUGCUCCUGAAGAAUUUGAAGAAACUAUGGGCCGUAUUAAUUCUGUUUUAAAAAAAAGUUUACCUAUGAAUGCUAAAUGGCUGUUUUGUGGUUGCAUGUGUUGUUGUUGUACAUUAGGUUGUUCACUUUGGCCUGUAAUAUGUCUUAGCAAAAGGACUCAGCAUAAUUUAAAUAAACUACUUGAUUGGGAAAAUAAUCACCUUUAUCAUAAAAUUGGUUUGCAUUGGAGAUUAAAUAAACAAAGAGUUGACACUUCUUCAAUUACUGAAUAUGUACUUUUGGUUGAAUUUAUUCCAAAAAUACCAAUUUACAAACCAGACUAGAUGAACUUGAUGAACAUUUGCUAUUGCAUCAAUAGGUGUAAAAAUGCAAUUCACUAUUUUUUUUUUCAUUUUACCAGACAAUUAAUAUUUUUUCGGAAAACGGUAAAAAGUUCAAAAAUUUUGCUCAAAAAAAUACAUAUAUGUGUGUGUAUGUAUAUACAUGUAAUCAUAUAGUAUAUAAAAAAUUAAACAAAAACUGACUUUGUAUUCCAAUUUUAUUAGUGUUAAUUUCAAUGAAUAUUGUAUUUCUAAAUAAUUGUGUCUAUAUUUAUAUAUAUAUCCAUAUAAUAUUUAUUCAUGUAUUUCACUUUUAUAAUAAUUGAAUCUAAAGUUAAUAUUUUAUUACUAUGUGAUAUUAAUGUGAUACCCGGUCGGGUACUUAAAAAUGAAAACUCUUAAUUGUCUUACCUUCUUGUUCUACUCAUUGACUUGUUUGUAUUUUUGUGUUACUUCACUUCUUUUUUUACAUUAAUAUUAAGUUUUAACUUAAGUCAGAUAGAUCAAAAAAAAAAACCUUUUAGGUAAAGUUUAAUGUUAUAGUAAGUGUUUAAAAGCCAUAAUUAAAAAAUCAUAAUCAAUCGGCUACAUUACAAGCAUCACAUCUUACUACUUUUAUUCGAUGUAUGUUAUCAUGAACAAAAAUUAUCCUAAAUUCCAAAAUCAAAUCAUGUUUUCUGUUAAAUCUUUUUAGUUACUCGAUAUGAAUGCAUGAAUGCUUCUAUUAAUAAACAUAUGGGCCCAUAUGUUAAUUUAAAAAUUUAUAAAUAAUGAUUUAUAGAUGAUUUUUCUAUAAUAAUGAUACAUAAUUUGUAAAGUUAUAGUUUGUAAUCUUUUUGUAAAUAGUAUUUGUAAUAAAUGUUAUGUGUAAUAGCAUCA